AUGCACUGUAUUAAUACCCCACCGAUACAGUUCAAUAAGAACUUCAAGAAUCCAUGUUGGUUUGAGGGGAACCGAUUACGAUGUCUCCCCUACGUGUUUGUUAUUGGCGUUAAGAAGUGUGGAACCAGUGACCUAUUCUUCCGGUUGUCAAAACACCCACAUUUUGCACAUCCGGGCUUUAAGGAAGCUCAGUGGUUUGCCAGGUGGAGAUUUAGAAAUGAAGAAACCAAUAACUUGGAUUUUGAAACUUACGUGACCAGGUUUGAUGAGGCCGCCGACUUAAUACAAGCUACAUCGCACAUCAACGCAGAUGGAGCAUUGACGAACUCUGUUAAAAUUACGGGUGAGGCAAGUCCUUCCAAUCUUCAUCUCAACUCACACUGGCAACGGUUGCCAGGGAAUGAGAACCUCACAGAGCCUAAAUACGUCAUUCUAGACUACAUUCGGCAUUUCAUCCCUGACGCGAAGCUCAUCAUAACUUUUAGAGAUCCGAUUGAUAGGUUGUAUUCUGACUAUUACCACGAGUAUGGUAGCCUCAUGAAGAAAAACGACCCUGGGCCCGCCCAGUUCCACGAGAUUGUAAUUCGGGGUGUGAAACUGUACAGAGAGUGCUUCCGUGCACGAACUAUUCGCAGUUGUGUUUAUGAUCAUACCCUCUAUGAUAAAACAAAGAUUCAAAUGCAGCUAGGAAUUUAUUACAUAUACUGGGAGGAACUAUUGCGCGUGUUUCCAAGGCAACAAAUUCUCGUUUUUCACAACGAAGAUAUGCGAGAUAAAGAACGCACAGUGAGAACCAUGUUCGAUUUUCUGGGAUUAUCUAAGCUAGAUGCAGGAGAAAUAGCGGCUGAAGUCAACACAAAAGAAUCUUACCACAGGAAAGAAUCAUUCAAAGCAAAAGGACCUAUGUGGAACGAAACAUACGCCAUUCUAAACGACUUUUACCAUCCCUUUAACGAGAAGAUGGCUGCACUUACAAAGGAUUUAAAGUUUUUAAAGCCGGGAUCGUAG